AUGAUAUCCAUCUUAUUUGCAAUAUUAGGGCUAGUUUAUUCAUUUUCAUAUAUCACAAAGUUGCAACAAGCAAAUUGCUAAUAUUAUGAAAAUUAAAAUGAUAACAUAUCUAGACUCUUAUUUGUUGCUAUCUGCUUUACUUUAACAAUAGUGAUAACCUUGGGAGUAAUGAAUCCCAUAUUUUAUGAGAUCGGAAUGCAAUCUAAAGUUGCGCAAAUGGAACCUUCAUCAUACGAAGAUUUAUAGUUAAUAUACUAAUCAGUGAGAUUCCAAGGCAACUUAUUGAUAGAAGUGUUUGUAUCAGCAGCUUAAACCAUAAGUCUCAUAUUUAUGGGAUAUGUUUUCCUCCUAUUUAGUAAGAAUGCUAUUACCUACAAUUAUUUCAUUUACUUUUUUGCCCUGAUAACAAAUCUCGUGGCUAUCAUUGUCUAUUCCAAUUAAGAUGAUAUGAAGUCUGUAAGCAUAAUUAAUCAUGUACUAAAUCCCAAUGAUAAAUACUUAAUCACCUAUAUUUCAGGAGCUUCCUUGUUUAUUGCUUUAAUAAUAUUCUUCAUAUUUUUGAUUGAUACCUUGGGUCAAUAUUACAGAAUAUUCAAGAAUCCUAUCUACAAAUUUAUUUUAGGGAAUAUCUUAAUUGGUUUUGUUUUUGCUCUGAUUGGUAGCAAUGGACAAUUAAUAAGGAAUCUGUAAUAAUAUUCAGAAGUUUAUUUGGGUAAAGAUGAAUGCAGAAAUUAAAUGAAUUUAAUCCCAUCUCAAAUGCUUGAGGAUUUGGGAUGUUCAAAUAAGUAUUUUGGAGCCCAAGAUUCCUUUUAAUUGGAUUGUCCAAAUGAAUAAUAAACACAGAUUUGGGAACACAGAGAAAGUGAAUAGUUUGGUUGUAUCAAUUGGAACUGUUGCAGUCUAAUUAGUCAGAUAUUAUUAAAAAAAUAUAUCUCAUACUGCUUAUUAACAAGUUGGGAGGCUAUCCUCUUAAUUAUGUUAUCAUUUAUGAUAUUUUAAAUUAGAUUAGUACAAGAAAAUGCUAUUUCCUAAACACUAAAAUAAAUUGCUCUUUUAUUUUCAUUUUGUCUAAUAUUCGCAGGAAUAUUUGCAGCUAACUCUUUACCAGAUAUUGAAAUCUACAGAAAAACUUAUGUAUCUCCUCUAAAUUACAUUCCAGUAAACAAUUUAAAUACAUUGCCAACUCAUCAAAUGUUCUAAGCGAUUGAUUGGCUCCCUCAAUAAUGCUCUCAAAAAGUGCCUGUAGACAUUGUGUAAAGUAUUAAAGAUUAUUGCUCAAAUGGCUGUGCAGUAUUAUUUGAACUCAUACUUUCAAUCGAAAAUGGAUAAUUCUUAGUUAAUACAAUUAAUCAAAAAGAUGUUAUCAUCUCUCAAGAAGAUGCUGUUGACUCAGAAUUCUUAUAUCUUAAAGGCCAUUUCAAAGACAUCUUGCAAAAUAUUUAAGACAACAUUUAAGUGUGUCUCUUUUCACCAUCCGCAGCCAUUAAAUGGAAUUUUGAGUCUUCUGAACGAAAACAUAAAAAUAAACAUUCUAAAUAAGUAGACUAUCCAAUGUAGCAUGAAUAGAUCAUACAAAUACCUUCAAAGGUUUAAUAAGAUGCAUUAACCUAAUUAAUAAAAUACUACAAUAUUUAAUUGAUAUUCUAGGAGAAUAAUGUUUUACCUAUUGGAACACAAAUUACCAUUCAUAAUUCAUUAUUGUAUAACUGUUAAAGUAUUAAUAUUAAUGCUGAGAAAAGCAUUAUAAUUUAUGAAUCCAAUAUGGAACAUAAUUAAUUAACAUUCUACAAUUAUCCCUAAGGUUAAUAUGCUACAGUCGUAUUCAACACUGACAGCUAUCAAAGUUGUAUUUACAUUUAGAGUAAUCAAAAUAUUUAUAUUCAUCCAAUUAUUCCAAUUCAGUCAGAUUUGACUAUCACUUUAUCUUGGUUUGGAGUCUAUGAUUUGGAUUUGAUUGUUGAAAAUAAAAUUUGUAAAGUAGGUAAAAAAUAUCAGAAUGAAUGUGGAACUAUUAAGACUCACUUUGAUUCACUUGUGGGCAAUUAAUAAACUUCUACUGACUUAUCGAAUGGAGAAUAAAUUACUAUAGAUUAUUUAUCUACUUACGAUUAUAAAAUUUAUGUGUAGAUUACAUUAAAUAAGGAGGAAUUAACCAAAUUAAAAAAGACCGAAUAAGACAACAUUAAUCUUUACUAAUAAUCUAAUGCUUAAGUGUAGAUCUUUGCUAAAAAUAGCAGGUAUCCUUAAGCCAAUAUAUUUGUUAAAUAAAUAGUUUAAGCUGCCCAAACAAUCAAAGAAAGUGAUAAAUUUAAAUAUAAAUGGUUUGUUGGCUGUAUAAAAAAUGGAGAAGGGUUAGACAUUAUUAACCAAAUCAAAAUUAAUUAUGAGUGUUGA